AUGAGGGCUGUGGUGACCGUGGUGACCGUGGCGACCCUGUUCUUCCUGGACAUCCAGGCCGACAGUGAGUGGAGCUACUCAGGGGAAUGGCCAGCAGAAGAUGAGUGGCAUGAGAAGUACCCUACCUGCAGGGGCCAGAGGCAGUCGCCUGUUGACUUCAACAGCAGGAAUAUAAACUUCAACCGGUCCUUGCUGCCGCUGGACCUGGUCAACUAUGGGGAGGAGGGGCUGGAGUUCUCCAUGAGUAACAACGGACACACAGUGGAGAUCCCCCUGCCCCACAGCAUGCACCUGACAGACUCCGACGGCACGACGUACAUAGCUCAGCAGAUGCACUUUCACUGGGGCGGAGGGUCCUCAGGAAUGAGCGGCUCUGAACACACCUUUGACGGGAUCAGACGUGCGAUAGAGAUUCACAUCGUUCACUUCAAUAAGAAUUAUGACAGCUAUGAGAACGCCAAGGAUCGACCUGACGGUUUGGCUGUACUGGCGGUCUCCGUUGAGAUUCAGGAUUAUGGUACAAAUACUUACUACGACCCCUUCAUUUCUGAGUUGGCCAGCGUCCAGUAUCCAGGACAAAGCACAACCCUGAGAAACAUUAACAUUCUGAAUAUGUUGCCUCAAGACACCCGGCACUAUUACACCUACCAGGGCUCGCUCACCACUCCCCCCUGCACGGAGAACGUCAAGUGGUUUGUGUUCCGAGAGCCCAGCAAGAUCUCCCUCCUUCAGGCUCUGAAAAUAGAGAAUUCUGUCAUGAAUCACAACAACGAGACAAUUCAAAAUGGUUACCGCCAGACCCAGCCCCUCAACAAGAGAGUGGUGGAAGCCAAUUUCCCAAGCUUACCUGGUGAACUCUAGAAACGUUGAUGAUCAGUGUGCACUCUGUUUAAAACAGAAGAAGAGCGGGAAUGGAAACCACAGUUAACGAGUUGGAAAUGACAUGCCGGUCCUGAGGGCUCACCCCGCCCCUUUUCUAAAGCAUCCUGGAAUGUGGGUCUCCUUGCUGCCUGUGGUCUCUCAUUAACCCAGAGAAAGUGAGCUACAUUAGAUGGAAGAGAAGGGAUGUGGGUGAGAGGUCACCGAUGGAAACAUACUUGGCCAGACACGCAAAGGAAUUGAGCCUUCCACAAUCUCCUGUCAAUCAUUCACUUAAAUUUCGGGGCUGGAGAUGCAACUCAUGGUAGACAGUUUGCUAUGACCCCGGGUUUGAUCCCCAGCACCGAAAAAAAAAAAUCACUCACUUCAAUCUAUGUUAUAAAU